AUGGGUGACGAGGACGCAGACUCGAGCAGCGGCAAAGGUUCCGACGAAGAGGACCAACCACCAUGCACUGCAGCUGAACUUGCAUCAGCUUUCAGCAGCUUCUCACAACAGGCCCACCUGAAAGAGCACCUGCACACCCACAUAGGCGAGGAACCAUAUCAGUGUCCUUCAUGCUCUCGGAGCUUCUCAGGAAAGUUCAACCUUAUGAGACACCUGCUCACCCACACAGGCGAGAAGCCAUAUCAGUGCUCUUCAUGUUCUCGGAGCUUCUCAGAAAAGGGCAAGGUUAUGCAACACCUGCGCACCCACACAGGCCUCACAAAUGCGAUGAGCCUAGCUGAAAGCAUCAAUGCCAAAAUGGCAUUCCAAGCCCCGUCCAAGGUCGUCGAUCAGGUCGAGGUUGGCAUGCAGUACAGCUUGCCUCUGGCUCACAAGUCUGUCGGGUGCUGCUUCAAAGCAUGGAGCGUGUCGAGGAGCGUGCAGACUACGGAGACUCUGGAUGAGUUAAGCUCCACCUCAGCACCGAGGCCUUCAAUUUCUCAAUCAACUGCCACAUGUGACUACGAGGCUGAUAAACUGUUUCGUCUAGAAGCAUAUGCCAGCAUCCAUACUGGCGAGAAGCCAUUUCAGUGCCCUUCAUGCCCUCGGAGCUUCUCAUACAGAACCAACUUAAAAGUUCACCUGCAAAUCCACACAGCCGAGAAGCCAUAUCAGUGCCCUUCAUGUUCUCGGAGCUUCUCAGAAAAAUGCAAGCUUAUGAAACACCUGCGCACCCACACAGGUGAGAAGCCAUAUCAGUGCCCUUCAUGCUUGCAGAGCUUCUCGGAAAAGGGCAACCUUAUGAAGCACCUACGCACCCACACAGGUGAGAAGCCAUUUCAAUGCCCUUCAUGCCUUCAGAGCUUCUCACAAAAGGCCAGCCUGAAAUACCACCUGCACACUCACACAGGCGAGAAGCCAUAUCAGUGCCCUUCAUGCUCUCAGAGCUUCUCAGGAAAGACCCACCUGAAAGAGCACCUGCGCACCCACACAGGUGAGAAGCCAUUUGAGUGCCCUUCAUGCUCUCAGAGCUUCUCACGAAAGACCUACCUGAAAAUCCACCUGCGCACUCACACAGGCGAGAAGCCAUAUCAAUGCCCUUCAUGUACUCAGAGCUUCUCAGAAAAGUGCAACCUUAUGAGACACCUGCGCACCCACACAGGCGAGAAGCCAUAUCAGUGCGCUUCAUGCUCUCGGAGCUUCUCAGAAAAGGGCAAGCUUAUGAAACACCUGCGCACCCACACAGGUGAGAAGCCAUAUCAGUGCCCUUCAUGCUCGCAGAACUUCUCAGAAAAGGGCAACCUUAUGAAGCACCUACGCACCCACACAGGUGAGAAGCCAUUUCGCUGCCCUUCAUGCCUUCAGAGCUUCUCACAAAAGGCCAGCCUGAAAUCCCACCUACGCACCCACACAGGCGAGAAGCCAUAUCAGUGCCCUUCAUGCUCUCAGAGCUUCUCACGAAAGAACCACCUGAAAGAACACCUGCGCACCCACACAGGUGAAAAGCCAUAUCAGUGCCCUUUAUGCCCUCAGAGCUUCUCAUUGAAGAGUGUCAUGAAGGUACACCAGCGCAUUCAUACAGGUGACCGGCCAUACAGUUGCACUGUAUGCUCCAGGUCCUUUACACAGUCUCAUCACUUGAGCAGACACAAGAGAGCACAGCACCAUGACACACUAGAGUAGGUCAACAACCAUCUUGAACUAGACUGUGAAUUACAAACCUACAGACAUGUAGCAUGUUGCAUUGUGUUCUACUGCAUCAGGUAGCAUAAAUGUCUCC